UGCGGUCUUUCCGCAGAACUCGCAAGCGGUCCUUCUAAACGCUGUUGGUGUGCGCGAAGUGAAAUAAAUCGAAGUAAUUUCCCUCGAGCGCUGCAAAAUAAUGGAUCGCACUUUCUACGAAGGCUGGCUAAUUAAGUCGCCGCCCACCAAGCGCAUUUGGCGAGCACGUUGGCGGCGUCGCUGGUUCAUACUAAAGCAGGGAGAGAUACCCGAGCAGUUCUGCCUCGAAUACUACACCGACCACAACUGCCGCAAGCUGAAGGGCGUCAUCGAUUUGGAUCAAUGCGAGCAGGUGGACUGUGGGCUGCGGCUGGAGAAUCGAAAGCAGAAGUUCCAGUACAUGUUCGACAUUAAGACGCCCAAGCGCACCUAUUACCUGGCUGCCGAAACGGAGGCGGACAUGCGCGACUGGGUCAACUGCAUCUGCCAGGUGUGCCAUCUGCACGACACCAAGCAGUCGAAUGAGUUGCCUCUGGGAGGUGUGGGGGCAGAUGAUAACCGCACCCAGCACACGAGCUCCAGUGGCGGACUGAGCAACUCCACUCAAAAUACGACCACCACAUCGCUGCACUCCUCGGCUGGAACCACGGCAGCCCAAGCUGCAGCCCCGAGUACUGGAGGAGCGGCCCAGCUGCGACGACCUGCGGUCAUUGAACAGCAACCGAUGCCCUCGAAUGCGGGCAACAACAACUCCGAUUCGGUGUAUGUCAACACGGAAUACAGCAAUCGCGAGACGAUGCUCUGCGAUGCCAAUUUUGACCAGCAGGAUCUGCUCUCGGCUGCCCAGCAGCAACCGCCUCCAUCGCCUGCAACUGCACUUUAUUUAAACCACAGUGCUUUGAUCCAAGCUCAGGCAGCAGCAGCAUCCGCCGAGCAACAGCAGCAGCAGCAACAACAGGCCCGCCUGGCGGUCAACUCUAAUGGGGUGGUGCGAAAGCUGCCGGAGCACCUGGUGCUCACCCAACAAACCCUGGCGGAGGCUGCUGCCCAACAGCACAGCAGCGUUCAGGCUUCGCCCGCUUUAAGCACUGCCUCCGGGCCCUACAUACCCAUCAGCGAGUGCUUCUCGGGCACCCCGAGAUUCCUGCCCGGCAGUGCCAUUCCCGGAGGAGCAGAUGUGCCCAUACCAAACAAUCCCAUAACGCCGUUGAACAAUUUGGAUCCCAAGUUCUAUGAUACGCCACGUUGUCAUAAUAACAUCGGUUUGAAUCUGACCAACGAUCAAUCCUACUCACCCAAAAUCACCAACUUGAGUCUGCAACAACUGGCCAAUCCAAAUGCCAGUAAACAACGUUCCGACUCAGAUUCGGAAAGCGUUUUUACCGAUGACGAAGAAUGGGCCCAUCCUUUGCCCCUGCGUGAGAAUGUGGAUCGCAGUACCCGACCAUCGGAUAGUUCUAUUGAGAACGAGUCAUUUGUGCUGACCUACUCGCAGCGUUUUUCCAAGAUGCCAGAAGAAGGUGGAGCUGUGGUGCCUCUAACUGAAACGCAUUCCAAGCUAGCAGGAGCAGCAUCUCUGGCAGAAGCUGGUGACCAGCUGGAGAAACUGGCUAAGGUGCUGAAGAACAAAAAUAAUCUUAUACUCGACUUUAAGGAGAAUGAAAAAAUUCCUCGUGAUCUGCCGCAGCUGUCAGACACGGAAAACACUUCCCCGGCCAUUGUGGCCCGUCGCAAUGCCAACUCGGCGUUGAUCGAGGAGAGCUACGACAUUCCACGCUCCCACCAACUUCCCUACUACAAUAUCAACCACCUGCUGAGCGAGCGGCCAGUGACCAGCCCGCACAAUUCCAAUCCCAUUGCAGCAUCCACACCGAAUCUCAUGGCAGCCGGUUUGGGCUCCGUGGCUGCCACAUUAACGGCAGCCAAUCUUGGCCAAAUUGGCGGCUCUCAGCCAGCCGCCUCAUCGCCCACUAGUGCUCGCACGUUGCCACGCCAUUGCUACACGAAUGCGGCUCCGACAAAGAUGGAGGGCAAUGUGUUUCGCUACGAUUUUGUGGAGGAGUCUAAUCGUCCUCCGGUGAACCGCAAGCUGAAGCCAAAAGGUGCGGGUGGAUUGCCUGCCGCUGAGGACAAACCGCCGGAGGAGUUUCCGGCCAAGCCCCCGGUGGGCGUAGAACAUUUAACCAGUAAACUUGGAGCGGCUCAGCUUCAGCAGCCGAAAGGACCCAGCGUAGACAGGAAGUGCAAGCCUAACGUCUAUAAGUUGGGAACUUCGGCCACAAUGUCGCCGGCAACGCGACGCUCCUCUGGAGCCCCUCUCUCCAUGGUGCUGCCGCAGGAAAUAGAUGUCCACUCCCCGGCAGCAUCCACCUUUUUCCACGAGACCCGCACCCUACCGCGCCAGCAACAACGUCAACAUCCCAACAGUCCCGGCAGCAUGUCGGUGCAACAUCAGCGCACGGCAUCGGCAGCGGCGACCAUGAUGAGCUUGGUGGGAGCGGCUGCUGCUCCAAAGCAACAACCGGUGGCGCAGGCCGAGCACAAACUGCAGUACUUCGAUCUGGAUGUAACCAACAAGCCCCCACUGCUCAAUCGAUCCAGCAUGAGUGUGGGAAAUCUGUACUCUCAGGGCAACAAUGGAGCUAGUGGAAUUCGGCUGGCUGCCGUGGAUGCGGGUGGAGCCCGGGCCCCAGUGCCCAGCAGCGUGGUUUACAACUCCGUGGACUUCGUCAAGACGGAGGCAUUUAAGAGGAUUCGAGAGGAGCGCCAGAGCAAUGAGGGCAGCGGCAACAAGUGAAUCUGCUGGGUCAGCUGUAUGAUUGAACAUCUCUCCAAUGACAACGUGCAAUAACUAAGGACCACGUUGCGGAUCCGAAAUUUUUGUAGUGCCUAUCCGGUGGCCAGCGUAGCAAAGCUGGCCCCGCCAAAAAAAAAGUGCAAAUUCCGAGUGUCUUUUUCGUUAACAUUGUCAAACUCACAACCCAUUAAACCACAUAUCUAGCUUGUAAGUCGGCACCAGCAUUUUUGGAUGCUGCUUUGAAUCUGUAAUCCGUAUCUGAAUCUGUGUCGUUCGUAUUCGUAUUUAAAUCGUGCUUCCAACACUUCCAUGUUUAUUGUUAAGCUUCGGAAUCAAAAUGUAACCAUGACAAACGAUCUUAGUGCUAAUUUUACAAUGCAAACAGUUAUUUUAUAUACGCAAGCAAAAUAUUUAUAUACACGAAUUUUAUAUGGUAACAAAUUAUUUACAAUUUAUAAAUGUAACACGCGUGCGACACAAGCUGUAGCUUGAUUUUGUGCUUUAAAAAAAUAUAUACAAUAAUACCAA